AUGGGGUUCUUGGUGUUGCUCGCUGCUUGCACAGUGACACUGUUGCUGGCGUUCACCAUUGCCACCCUGCACAGAUCUGUGCAGAGCAAGCGUACUUCCACGACAGCUCUCAACAAACCGGCUCCUCCUCCUGGCCCCGCCGGCCACCCUCUCCUCGGCAGCCUCCUCUACGUCAUCGGGCCCCUCCGACACAACCCGCACCGGAGCCUCGUCGCCCUCGCCGAAGCCCACGGCCCCAUCGUGUACCUCCGGCUCGGCCUGACUCGCGCCAUGGCCGUGGUCUCCUCCGCCGCCGUCGCCCACGAGGCCCUCAGCUAG